UACCUUUGAAGAUGACAAAGUAAGUUAUUCAUCCACUUAGAGAGACAUUGUGGUUACCCAUAGUCUCAUAUAGUGUCAUACAGCAAAAAAAUUCAGCAACACAAAACAAUGGGUUCUCUUAUGGCAGGAUGGUAUUCUACCCACAUGGAUCCUCAAUCAGCCACACUUAAAAGGAACCGCUCACUCACUAAGGAUGAAAUUGAUGCUUACUGGAAAUCAAAGAAGAAGAUAGAGGAAGAACACCUUAGAGCUAUUUCCAAUGUGUCAGAGACUAUUCAGGCUAGCAAAAACACAGAGCCUGAAAAGAAGUUGCAGAAGUCAAUGACCAUGCCAGUUACCCGUGCACGGGACUACUUAAAUAUGGUGGACAUUGACACAAGUUUGGAGCAACUUAUUAAGCGAAAUGGCUGGUGGACCAAGAGUAGCUGGGCGUUUCUGAAUGAGCCUCCAGUGACUGAAGCUGCGUCCAAUAAGUAUGCAUCGCAGUUUCACGUAGCAAGCAUGGGAUCAUCAAAAUUUAACCCCCGAGAUGGAAUUAGUGCUUGAUAUAUAUAUAUAUAUAUAUAUAUAUAUAUAUAUAUAUAUAUAUAUAUAUAUAUAUAUAUAUAUAUAUAUAUAUAUAUAUAUGUUUUCACUAGUACUAGUGUUCGUAUCUACAUGAAUACUAUUAUAUAAUAUGCGAAGUGUUGAACCAAUUAAUAGUGAGCUUCGUUGGUCUCUAGUCAUGUGAGGAAUCAAUUAAUGUAUGAUGGAUCUUGGUACUAGUUAGUUCUGUUUUGCUGGCCGGUCCUAGUUCUCCAACUUCACUGUGUUGUAAUGUCUGGUUUGUUUGAAGAGGGUAAUGAUAUAAUCCAAAGUUCCAAACAGUUAAUGAAUGAAUUUGAUGUGCUAAUUAUUUUGCAAA